AUGGAGGCAGCGGCGGGAUUCGUAGUCGCCGAGCAGGUCAUCUCCACCGCCGUGGAAGGUGGUGCCAUUGCUGGGUAUGCGGCAGCUCAGCCCACGAUGCCACUCACCGGCCACCUCACACGUUUCGCUACGCCGGGUUCGUCGCCAAUCUCCGACCCAUUCUCCCUCCGAGGCCACUGUGUCAGCGUUGUCAAUGGCAAAGCAUACAUCUUCGGCGGCCGCAAUGUCGAAGACGGAUCCUUGGCGGGCAACGAGAUGCACAUUGUCACCUUGCCGCACAGUACAACGUCCUCGGAGCCUGCCUACAAAUGCGUUCCUGCAAUACCUGCUGUAGAAGGCGGAGACGUGCCCAGUCCAGGAGAAUGUUAUGUCGCUGCCCCUUCCGCGAAUAGCAUUGCUGUCCUGGGUCGAGGUGACUCCGGCGGUGAAGACGUUUGGGCUUUUGACACGGGGUCUUUGAUGUGGACCAAGCUGGAUGUGGAUGGAGAGAGCUUGAACAUUCCCCAAGCCAAAGAAGGCGUUCACUCCAGCGCAACCGUGCACAGCAACAGCCUCAUUCUCCAGCUGGGCAACGAGAUCUGGUCCUUCGACAUGCCGAAGCGAAACUGGACCAACCUCUCCCUACCAACAACACCCGCAUCCGGAACGAUGACUUGCCACGCCGUCACUGUCGCUCAAGAUAAGGUGUACGCGCUCACGUCCACCGAUGGUCUCGGCGGGGAAUUCUGGACGCUUGACCUUGUUGCCCCGGCUGCAGAGUGGGAGAGAACCGAGUUCCCCUCCAACCCGCUGAUUCCUGGGCCGAAGCUUAACAGAGAAAGCAUCGGCACACUGUUACCUGUCUCCACUGGCAAGGGGCGGGAGUAUCUGCUGUAUGCGGUGUCGAUGGAGGAGAUGUGGACGUACCAGCUCCCAUCGGCGAAAAGCACUCUUGCCAGCAUGAAGGAUUACAUUCGUGAGCAGGCUGGGGCAGAUCCGGGAACGGGGAACUGGGGAAGGGUCGAGAUCAAGAUGCCGGCGGAUGGCAUCUCGGGGACGGGGAAUUACGCUUGUGCUGAGGUUGAUGCGAGCACGGUCCUCUUCUGUGGAAACGGCGGAUACAUGCUACACCUCAAAUAG